AUGUCCCGGCCCCUUCGUAUCCAUCAUAUCCAAGUAUCCUGCUACAAGAUGAUCGAGACGAAAGAGGAAGACUACGCCCAGUUCAUCCAAACCCAACCCCCAUCCACAAUCGCAGCAUGUCUCCGCCGCGACCAGCUCCUCUGCCAGGAGAAGCAUCUCCCCAGUCCGCUCGCCAUGCACCUCCCCACACAGCCCUGUGAGCUCCUGGACGCAAUCUCCCAACACCUAAUCCCAGAUAGCAGCAUCCCCGCGCCCCUCCGCAGGCUGCAAUGCCAGGGCAUCAUCAGCGGAAUCAAAGCGUCCGUGAACCAAAUGAACAGCAUCACAACCUGGACAUCGCCAACCACUGAAAAAGGCACGGGGCUAAUCCCCAGAACACAGGAUUUCCAAUCCGCGCUGCGCGUGCUAGAAUACCUCCAGAAAUACCCAUCCAUCUCGCAGCUCAGCAACAGCAGCCCGCUCACAGAUGUGCUAUCCUCCGUGAAAACGCAACUGGCAUUCGAAGACGGACUGCGCGCCGUGAACCACCUACACAUGGCCCACAAAGACAGCCGCGUGGACUCAAAAGCCAGCUACAAAGCCCGCCGCCGCAAGGGCAACUGCUACAUGUGCCAUUUCGAGAUCCGGGAUGGCGAGGCCCACGAUACGUACCCGUCGCUGUGUCGCCCCUGCGGCUCGUUCAACCUGGCUGAAUCGGCGCUCUCGCAGCCCCCGAAUCUCAAUCUGAAGGGGAAGACCGCCCUCGUCACGGGCGGCAGAAUCAACCUCGGCUACGAGACCGCGCUACGCCUGCUCCGCUGUGGAGCUAGUGUCAUCGUGUCCUCCCGGUAUCCGCGCGACGCGGUGCUGCGGUAUGCGCGGGAGGUGGAUUUCGGGGGGUUUUCGGCGCGGCUCAAGGUCGUGGGGGCGGAUUUCCGCACGGCGCGAGAUGCGUUUCGGCUUGUGGAAGUCGUGAAGAGGGUGUUGGAUGACUGGGCGGGGGAUGGGACUGCGCUGGAUAUUCUGAUUAAUAAUGCGGCGCAGACGUUGACGGAUCCGGUGCGCUCGGAGACGAGGGCGAUUGUGCGGGAGGAGAAGUUGGAGGAGGAGGCUGGGGCGCAUGGGCUGAUUGCAGACGAUGGGGGAGCGAUUGCAGGGAGCGCGGAGUCAGAGUGUGUGGAAGAUUCUGGAAUUGUGCAGAAGGGCUUGGGUCCGGGGGAGGAUGAGUCAAGGUCGUCGUGGACUCAGAGCCUGGAUCAGAUCCCGUAUGAAGAUGUGAUCAGCGCGCAGGCGGUUAAUGCCUUCGUGCCGCUGAUUCUAUGCCGCGAGCUCUUGCCCCGAAUGGGGGCUACUAGCAAGUCGUCUCGGCCCUUGGGAUACAUCGUGAACGUGUCCUCGCGGGAGGGGAUCCUGGAGAGCAGGACCAAGUCUGCGAGCAAAGCUGGUCACCAUGUUCACACGAAUAUGUCCAAGGCGGCGCUGAAUAUGAUCACGGAGACGGAGAGCGAGUCGGCGUGGAAGCGGCAUGUCGCCAUGAAUACGGUAGAUCCUGGCUAUAUGAGUGCUGCGCCCGAGUGUCAGCGGGCAGACGGCUGCCCGAUUGGAUUCGAAGAUGGUGCUGCCAGGGUUCUGUGGCCGAUUGCUAUCGGAGAACGCGAGCAUCGGGUGAUUUGUGGACGGUUCAUGAAGCAUUUCGGACACCAUGAUGCUAUUAUAUCGCGAGGAAUAUGA